UCUAUUUUAUAACUCCCUAAAAAAGCUGCGCUGCGGGUUAUACGUUGUCCGGGUUAUAUACCGGAAAAUACGGUAUUAACUUCUCUUGACUUUGAUUUUAAGUUUAAGAACACGUGCAUAUAUUCGGAAUUGCUUUCAUUUUAUAUAUUUUAAAUAUGUCGGAGGAAAAGGAUUAUAUCCUAUAAUGUGUUGUGAUUGUCAAUUUUUAUUUGGAGAAAUUUUCUGUUGUUCUUAAAGGGAUGGUUGUUCCAUCACAGUUGUCAUUGUGAAUUAUUAGUUUAAUAUUCAUUUUAGUGAAAAAAAUCAUGUAUAGUGGAUCAUCGCUAGUAGACUUAAAAGCUGAAUUAACAAGAAAAGAAGAACAGUUGAUACAAAAAUCUAAAAAACAUGAAGAAUAUAAUAAAAAAGGGAAUCAAACUUUCGCAAAGAUACAGUCAUUAACAGGAAAGAAAAAGAAAAAGAAGAAAGAUAAAGAAAUAGAUAAUGAAAAUAAAGAAGAAAAAGAAACAUUAGACUCGGAAACUCUUGAAAUGCUUGCAAAAGCUCGUCAAAAGCUUGAAGCAAAAUCGAAGAUAUAUGAUAAGAUGAAAAGUGGUGAGAUGGAAGACUUUGAAAAUAUAUAUGGUGAAACAAAAUUUCUUGUUGAUUUCCAAAAGAAAACUUUAGAAUCUGAAGAGUCUCUUGACCAGCCUCCAACAUCGUCUAUAUAUGAAGCUGAUGAAGCGUAUCGUGAAAAAUUACAUGAAAAAUGGGAAGCAGAACAGCAGGAAUUACUUGAUGGUCCAGUGCACUAUGAAAACAUCAAAUUCGAUGAAGUAAGAGAGCUUGGUACCGCAUACUAUGCUUUCUCAAAGAAUGAGGAAGAAAGAAAAAAACAGAUGGAAGAUCUUCAAAAGAUGCGGAACAAGACAAAAGAAAUUCAAAAUAAAAAAGAACAGCUACAGUUGAAACGAAAAGCUGCUUUACAGGAAAGACUAAAUAAAGUGAAAAAGAAGAAAAUGGGACUUAGUGCUGAUGAUAGCGAAUUAGCUGCAGAUAAGAAUUUGAGUACUUUGCAGAAUCCUCCUGAACAAAUCACACAUUCUAAUAUUGAUCAGACAGAUGAUCAGCUACAAAAUAUUGAUGAAUUAUUAAAAGAGUGUAGAAAGGGAACAGAAAAAGAAAGAGAUUGGGAUAAGGGGAAAGAUAGAGCCUUUGUUCCACAACCUUUUGUUAGGCCUAAGAACUCAAUAUAUACACAAGAUAAAUUUAUUCGUGAAAAGAGGGAGGAGAGACCGCAGGACUUUGCACCUCCAAAUUUUUAUUAGAAUUUUUUUUCCUGUGUGUUCUUAAUAAAUAUAAAAUGUUUCUAAUUGUCGUUGCGAUAAAAACUAUCAAGCCCAUUUUUAUAAAUCAUAUUAUUUAGCAUUUUGUUUCUCAAUUCUAUAUGCAACACAAACAUAAAACUGCUCAAACAGCCUUCCUCUUGUAUCUGAACUUCAGUUUGAUGGCACCUUGGUUUGUACAAAUUGUUGAUUGCACUGUAAAUUGCCAGGAGUAAACGUUUGCUUGAAAUAUGUCAGCAACUAACUAAAUAAGUUUAAGUUACAGUGAAAAAUAGAAGUGGGGAUACAAGAGGAAAACUAUCUUUAGUAUUAAAGCAACAAGAAUUUAAUUUUAGGUGUUAUGUUAUAUUGACUUUACUUUUUUUUUCAAUAAAUAAAUCAAAGUUCAUGUAAUGCUAAAGUUUUUAUUCAACUAAAAUAUUUAUUUGACAGGAUUUUCUAGUUUUAUUCUUAAAUGCAGUUAUUUGUACCACACAAAAAGACUUAUCAGGCGUAUCAAUAAGGGGAGAGCAAUCGCUCU